UCUUAUCAAAUCCUUCGAGAUCACAGUUCAGCGGCGAAAAAAAGAAAAAGAAGAAAAUAAAGAGGCAAGAAGAAAAGAAGCCUACAGCCGAAGCACUGUGUCGCAUCGAAGUGCCCAAAUUCGAGAGAUUCUGGCGUCUUCCAAUAUCAUCCCUGCGCUCUCCUCUCCCCGUAUAAAUCACCGACCAACCGCCCGAUCCCAAGAACCCGGCGGCGCCUCGACGCCUCGGAUCGCCGAUCAGAAAGCUCUCGCAAUCGCGGGGGGACACGGAUUGCUUCUUUGGGGCUUCCAUUUCUCGAUCCUCUAAAACUGUUUGAAUUCGCAUCUAUUGCAUGUAGAAUUUUGGAAUGGCGGGGCAGAGCCAGUCGCAGAAUGUGGAUCUGUUCGAUGCGUACUUCCGUAGGGCAGAUUUGGACCGCGAUGGCCGGAUCAGUGGGCCCGAGGCCGUCGCCUUCUUGCAGGGCUCCAAUUUACCCAAACAAGUCCUCGCUCAGAUAUGGAUGCAUGCUGAUCAACACAAAAUUGGUUUUCUUGGUAGAGCCGAGUUUUAUAAUGCUCUUAAACUUGUCACUGUGGCACAAAGUAAGCGGGAGCUGACACCAGACAUUGUCAAAGCAGCAUUAUAUGGCCCUGCUUCAGCUAAAAUUCCUGCUCCCCAGAUUAAUUUUGCUGCUGUUCCUGCUUCUCCUCCCAAUCCUGUGGCAGGUAUGCCUGUCCCCCAGUCACGUGCUGUCUUGACAACACCAAUCCAAAGUAUGGGUCCAAGAGGGCCACAGGUGUUGACCUCUGCAAGCAUGGGCCAACAGUAUUUUCCAUCUCAGCAAAAUCACCUGGGAAAGCCACCACGACCAAUGCCUCCUAGUACUAUGUUCCGGCCACAACAGGGAAUGCCUGGGGUAGGUACUACGGCAGCAUCAGCUCAUCCAAGUACAAAUGUCUCUAAUGAUUGGCUUAGUGGAGGGGCAGGUGGCUCCUCAGCUGGAACUGCUACUCAAGUUUCCACCAGAGGGAUUACUCCAUUGACAGCGCAGGAUGGUUUUGGGAUGUCCGCAGUAGGUAUGACAACUCCUGCACAACCUAGACCACAGACAACAUCUGGGGUAAUGCAAAUUGCUGCACCAAAACCACAUGAUCUAACACCAUUCUCCCAGGUGGAAGUUAAAGAUUCUAAAACAUUGCCUGGUUCAACAAAUGGGGUUGCAUCUGACUCAGUUUUUGGAGAUGUAUUUUCAGUAGCCUCGUCUCAACCAAAACAGGAAUCUCCAGCACCUGGAUCUUCUGGCACCAACCUGCCUGUUUCAUCAUCCACUGUCCCAGUAUCCUCUGGGCCUCAACCUGCAGCUAAGCCAAGCACAUAUGGAUCUUCACAGAAUGCAUUUGUUCAGCAAACUAUGGGUGGUCAGCCUCAGCAAGUUCUGUCCACCACUCAAGCAAAGCAACAAGUUCCAGUCCAGAGUUCCGCAACAUUUGGCUCCAACAGUACUGGUUUUCCAGUUGGUGCUAGGAAUUCUGCUUCUGGCCAGUCUCAGGUUCCAUGGCCAAGGAUGAGCCCGUCUGAUGUUCAGAAGUAUACUAAAGUAUUUCUGGAAGUAGACACAGAUAGAGAUGGGAAAAUAACUGGUGAACAGGCUCGCAACCUGUUCUUAAGUUGGAGGCUGCCACGAGAGAUCUUAAAAGAGGUGUGGGAUUUAUCUGAUCAAGAUAAUGACAGCAUGCUUUCGCUGAGAGAAUUUUGUAUUGCACUGUACCUGAUGGAACGGUAUAGGGAAGGCCGGCCUCUUCCUAGAACGCUUCCCACUAAUAUUAUGUUUGAUGAUACGCUGUUGCCUGCCUCUGGUCAACCUGCCACUGCUUAUGGCAAUGCAAAUUGGAGACCUACUCCUGGUUUGCAACAAGCACAAGUUGUACGUGGUGCCCAGGCAGUGACUGCUGCUGUUGCUAGAGCAAGACAAACAACUCAGGUUCCAGUCCGUCUCCCUGAUGAAGAUGUGCAGCCUACUCAACAAAAAUCCAAAGUUCCAGUUUUGGAAAAGCAUCUAACGAGCCAGCUUAGUGAAGAAGAACAGAAUUCGCUGAACUCAAAGUUCCAAGAGGCAACUGAAGCAAAUAAAAAGGUAGAAGAAUUGGAGAAGGAAAUUUUAGAUUCUAGAAAGAAGAUUGAGUUCUUCCGCACCAAGAUGCAGGAACUUAUUUUAUACAAAAGCAGAUGUGACAAUCGAUUAAAUGAGAUCGCUGAGAGGACAUCAGCAGAUAAACGUGAGGCUGAAUCACUUGGAAAAAAAUAUGAAGAGAAAUACAAGCAGAGUGGAGAUGUAGCCUCUAAAUUAAGUAUUCAAGAGGCCACAUUUCGUGAUAUUCAGGAGAAAAAAAUGGAGUUGUACCGGUCAAUUGUCAAAAUGGAACAAGAUGGAAAGGCUGAUAGCAUUCAGGCUAAUGCUGAUCAAAUUCUAUCAGAACUGGAAGAGCUGGUGAAAUCCUUGAAUGAACGCUGCAAAAGCUACGGAUUGCGUGCAAAACCAACCUCACUGGUUGAACUACCUUUUGGCUGGCAACCUGGUAUCCAAGAAGGCGCGGCUGAUUGGGAUGAAAAUUGGGAUAAGUUUGAAGAUGAAGGUUUCAAAUUUGUCAACGAGCUCACUCUUGAUGUGCAAAAUGUCAUAGCCCCUCCUAAAUCAACAUCCUCCUCUGUUCAAAGCAAAGCAUCUUCCAUAAAAGAUAAUGUAGCAGAUGUUUCUUCAGAUAAUGCUGAUCAGAAGUCAGAGCCGCUACCAGGUGGAGAGGAAGGGAACCGUAAUGACACUAACAGCAAAGACAAUGUAGCUAGAAGUCCACCAGGCAGUCCAAGUCAUGCUUCUGAGAGCCCAUCUGAGAAGUUUCAAAAUUCUCCAUCUAGAAAAAGCUUCAAUGCAGAUGGCUCACCCCAUGCUGCAGAGACCCAGAGUGAACAUAGGGGAGCUGAAUCUGUUCUCUCAGGGGAUAAAAGCUUUGAUGAACCAAGCUGGGGUACAUUUGACACUCAUUAUGAUACUGACUCAGCCUGGGACUUCAGUUAUGGUUCUUCUAAGGAAAUGGGUCAAAACAAGCACUCCGAAAGUACCUUCUUUGAUGACUUGGGCUUACCUCCAAUAAGAACAGAUUCUUCACAUAAAGACUUGUACCAAAGGAAGAGCCCAUUUGCUUUUGCAGACUCUGUUCCGAGCACCCCCCUUCACAAUUCUGGCAACUCCCCUCAGGGGGAUAACAGCGUUCAUUAUAGAAACUCAUUUGUAUUUGAUUCAGUUCCAAGCACCCCGCAGGCAGACAACCUUUUUCAGAAGAAAAGCACAUUUGUUUUUGAUUCCGUCCCAAGCACCCCACAGGCGGAUAACCUGUUUCAAAAGAAAAGCACAUUCGCUUUUGAUUCUGUCCCAAGCACCCCACAUGCAGAUAACCUGUUUCAAAAUAAAAAUACAUUUGCGUUUGAUUCUGUCCCAAGCACGCCGCAGGCAGAUAACCUGUUCCAAAAGAAAAGCACAUAUGCUUUUGAUUCUGUUCCUAGCACCCCCAUGUACAACUAUAGCAACUCCCCUCGAAGGUUCAGUGAAGGUUCGGAAGAGCACACAUUUGACAGCUUCUCAAGAUUUGAUUCCUUCAAUACGCAUGACAGUGGAUCUUUUCCGCGUGAGUCCCUCACAAGGUUUGAUUCCUUCCGCAGCACUGCCGACUCUGAUUACAAUCAAGGCUUCUUCCAGCCCCAGGACUCCUUUCCAAGAUUUGAUUCCUUCCGCAGCACUAGGGAGUCUGAUGCUUCUGGGGGGUUAUUUUCUACUCGAGACUAUGCACGGUUUGAUUCUAUGGGUAGCACCAGAGACUCUGAUGAUGGUCACGGUUUCUCUUUUGAUGACGCGGACCCCUUCGGCUCAGGUGGGCCGUUCAAGACAUCAUCAUCAUUGGAGAGCCAAACACCAAGGAGAGAUUCAGACAAUUGGCGAGCUUUUUGAUGCGAAAGUUACUUGGUUUCAUAUUCAUCCUUCUUGGUUCUCAUUUGAAGCUGUUGGUGUGAGGUUUGCGGGAUCAUCAUUAUGAUCUGUUCUUUUAUUGGACAUGAAGUUUGAUGUCACAUGAGUUGGAAGGUGAUUAGUUUUGGACCUAGCACAUGUAUAAUUUUGGCUACUACAUUCUUUUUUCUGCUCUUUUUUCAUCUCCCAUUACCUUGUAGCGAAGGGUUCCUUUUCUGUGUCUUUUUUGUUUUCUGUUGCCAUUUGGUGUUAAUUGUUCUGUAUUGCCUAGGUGUAUAAAAUAUAUUCAAGUUUUAUAUGUAUAAUUCCGUGACUUGGUUUUUUGAAGUCCAGUUUGUUUGGGCAAAGCAGACGGAUCACUUAAUUGGUAGUUUGCACUUUGCCGACCUCUA